AUGAAUUGUAUUUUGCCAUUGGCAGCCCAGCACAUCAAUAUAGAUCAAAUGCCUUGUGAGGCUGACAGACUACGAUUCACCCCAAACACUAUGUUUGAGUACCAAUAUCCUAUCCGUGCGGCAUCGUACUAUACCCGAGAUGCUUUGUUGUUUGCCAACAGCAUUGGGGUCACUAGCGACGAGUUGCACUUUCUCUAUGAACUGGACUCCAACUUCCAAGUCUUUCCAACAUAUCCUACAGUCCUUGCAUACAAGGGUGAUGUGCGGGACGUCCUUGACGGACGGUCUCAGCAGGAUCUACCUCCCAUACCAGGAGCCCCAAAGCUAGAUGGAAGCAGAGGCGUGGAUGGACAGAAGCUCUUCAGAGUGUUCAAGCAGCUUCCAUCAAACUCAGAAGGCAAGCUCGAGCUCCGCAAGAAGGUCACUGGUCUCUAUGACAAGGGGAAGGCAGGUACCGUCCUCGAAACCACGACCGACUUGGUAGACAAACACACUGGCCAAGUCUACACCAGUGAGGUGGGCAGUGUGUUCUUUGUCGGACAAGGAGGAUGGGGCGGUGAGAAAGGCCCGAAGCCUCGAAUCUAUGCACCACCAAAGGGAGAGAAGCCCCAUAAGACUCACACUAUUCAGACGAGCAAAGAGGCUGCGCUGCUAUACAGACUCAACGGUGACUACAAUCCACUACAUGCAGAGCCUGGCCCAGGAGCGAAAAUGGGAUUCGGAGGCGCUAUCCUCCAUGGGCUGUGUACCUGGAACAUGGUCUGUCAUGGGGUUUUACAAUCAUAUGGCGGCUCCCAGGCUGCUAAUCUGAAAGAAUUCCAAGCCCGCUUUUCAAGUCCGGUUAAACCAGGCGAUGUCCUUAUCACCGAUAUGUGGAGUUCCGGCCACCAGGAAGAUGGAUUCAACGAGAUCAUCUUCACCACAAGAACUGGAACAGGAACUACAGUUCUGAGCAAUGGGCGUGCUCUGAUCAAAUUGGACGACACCAGCGCCAAGCCCAAGUUGUGACGAUGAGAGCCUGUCAAGGAAUCGACGGGAUGGGCGGAACACGGAACUGGUGUUGCCAUCACACGUCGACAUACAUAACG